UGCGAGGUUUGCUCGGAGCGCAUUUAAAGGCGUGACGUGUGAGGCAUAUGUGUUCUACCCAGGGAAGAACUUCUCCAGGCUCGCAAGAAUGUUCCUUACAUCCAAAGAUGCCAACUCCAUUCUGAAGCGGUUCCCAAGAGCAAAUGGUUUUCUAGAAGAGAUUCGGCAAGGCAGUAUUGAGCGGGAAUGUAUGGAGGAGAUUUGUGUCUACGAAGAGGCAAAUGAAGUGUUUGAGGACAAAGAGAAAACGAUGGAGUUCUGGAAGGGAUAUACCAGUAAUCUGUAUACAACUCCAAGCAACAACUCCGGUCUGCGUGUAGAGCGCACUGAUGCAAUCUAUGUUGUUGUUCCUCUCCUGGGUGUAGCACUGUUAAUUGUUAUUGCACUUUUUGUGAUUUGGAGGUGUCAGCUGCAAAAAGCAACUCGACGCCGGCCAACGUACUCUCAGAGCAGAUACCUGACGAGCCGCACAACAAGAAGCCUCCCUCGGGUUCUGGUGCAUCGGGAGACAUCACAUGCUCAGACAGACCCAUCUCAUCAUGACCAGGGUACCAGACCUACUUUAGAUCGCAGUGAGCCCAGUGGGCAACAACCAAACAGAAAUCUGUAUACACAGGAACAGUCUGCAUCUGUCUCUUCUAGACUGUCCAAUGCGACCCCGCCACCUUCGUAUGAAGAGGUUACUGGACAUGUUGAAAGCAGCGGAGAGGAGACAACUACACCAUACAGUGAUCCACCACCAAAAUAUGAAGAGAUUGUUAGAGUACAUCCAGCUGUAUCACGCCAGAACACCAUAAACAAAUAACUGGCUGGAGAUCUGAUGGAAAUUACUGACUCAGUGAUGAUAGCAUGCUGAAGUAAGACACCCCCUGCUCCGAGACAACUGUGUCUACCUGUUACUGCUUGGGUAAAAUUUACUUCCAGAAACUACGCAAAAGUUCAGGUGGCCAAUUGAAAUUGAGUAAAGCAGAAGUUUAGUACGAUGAGGUCGGUAAAAACUCUAACUUUUUAAAAACAAAAUUGGAUUGUACAAUAUCAUUCUUGUUGAAUACCUUGCAGAGACUAUUCCAUUUUAUUAUGCAGGGUAAAGGUGUUUAAUCCACUAAGUACAUGAAAAACACACAACUAAAGCCAAACUAAAUUGAAAAGCAGUCAGUAUCAGCAAUGUAACUCUUUGUUACUACUGUGGUGGCAAACAACAAAUUGAUAUAUGAUAUAUGUGAUCCUAUUUCUUUGUUAAUACAGCACCACUGCCAGUUAUGUCACAUUUUCACUUUACUAAAAGGCAUGAAGAGUAAAAGUUGUGGGAUUCCUAAAGAUGCAGUGGCCUUGCUUAGUACUUUGUUUGGGAUUUGCAAUGUAAUUUUUUUAAAAAAAUGUUAAGCACAGAAGAGAAGGUAUGCCUUGUAAGCAGACUGCUGCCUCCUCAGUUUAUACUUGAAGUAAAUUUCAGGGAAUGGGACAAAGCUCUCAUGUUAAGAUAUUUGCCAUUUCUGAAACUUGCCGCUGCCAUCAGAUUACAAGGUACCAGAACCCUGCUUUUACGCCUCCCUUCCCCACCUUCACCCCUCCCAAUAUCAGGUCUGGGGAGUUUUGACAAAUGUAGCUGUUCUCUCUGAUCAGCUGUAUUUUGAAGUUCAGAAAAAAAAACCAUGGGCUCUUUAAAAACUCUCAACUUUUACUGUCUGUGAUUAGAGAUUUAUCAUUUUGGCAGGUACAAGAAUGCGCAUAAUUGCUGUGCUGUUUGGAAAGUGAUUUAGUAGUGAAUUCAAUGCCUAAAGAAAUAUUGAUACUAAUACUGAGAUGGACACCAUCUCAAAUUUCUUUUGGCUGCAUUUAUAUUGAACUCAAAACAAAAAACUGAAAGUGCAAGUGUCUGCUUAUUAAGCAUUGAAGUAAUUGGAAUGGUUGAUUGCAUGUUUGAGAGAGGUGAUAUUGAUUUUCAACCCAGUUCUAUACAAUUUCUUGUUACUGAAGAUAGAAAAAGCCCAUCUUCACUGAUUGGAAGGAUGCCCAACUUUUCCAUUAAUUAUACUGGCAUUCUAAUCUUCUGGACCCAUUAAAGGGUUGGCUAUUUCCAUAGUUUGGGCCAACAAUAUUUUUUUGUUUUAGCCAAAUGGAUUAUAUUUGAAGGGUUGUUUCUUAUUUAUAUUGAUACACUAUUAGUCUGUUUUUGCGAUUGGAUAAAGAUUUUGCCACAAGGUUACUUAAUUAGAUUUUAAUCAAUGGGAGGAAGUCACCUGUAAUUCAGGAUAAUAAUUUCUUUUCCUGUUGAUUAGGAUUUUAUUGAAGCUGUGAAAUGGUUCUUGCCACCUGUGCUAUGUGUUUUCCUUUGCCAUACAAUUGCCAUCCUUGUUGCUUAACUGCUGAGGGUCUCGGCUUGUGUUUCUGAGUAUCCCUGUUGAUGAGAUCUGACUAAAUUCUGGAUUAUUUUUAAAUUGCAAGUUUGACAUCAUUAACAAAAAAAGUAACAUAUACUUUUCAUUAAAAUUCUUAGCUUUGUUUAAAUCCUUUCACAGCACUGCACUCUGCCUCCAUUGCUGAAGAUUCUUCCAACCCUAUAAAUUCCUGUACUCCCCAUUUUUCUGACUUGAAUAUGUUAUAUCUUUGCCUGCCUGUCCACUCUUUCAAGCCACUGGCAAUGCACCUUUGCUCAUCUAUGUUCUGUGCUUUGGAAUUUUAUUUAGGCAUUUCUUCAUCACACUGUUCCUCUCUUUCUUAAAGGAUGGAUUUUAAGGAAAUUCUUAAAGGUGAUAAGUAAGGAUGAUUACAAAACAGAGUCAUACAUCAUGGAAUACAGGCCAUUUGGCUCACCACAUCCAUGCCUACCAGUGAGCACUCAUCUGUAUUAAUCCUCUUCCGGCAGUUGGCCUAUAGCCCUCUAUGCCUUGGUUAUUUAAGUGCUUGCUAGACAGUUACUAAAAACUGUCUGUGACAAUGCUUCCAACACCCUCUCGCUGGCCAUUUGUAACUCCUCAGCAUAUGAGGAGACCUCCACACCUUCAGGUAUGGGCUGAUAAUUGGCCAUUAGCAGUCACGCCACAGAAGGGCCAGGUAAUGACCAUCUCCAGCAAGAGAGAGUCCAGCUACCUACUAUUGCCAUUCAAUGUAUUGCCAUUGUUGUGUCUUCCACUAAUAAGCAGAACCUCAACAAGACCAACCACAGAAAUACCGUGCCUCUGAGAGCAGGUCAGAGGCUGGAUAUCCUGCUGUGUGUCUCAGCUCCUGAUGUCCCAAAGGCUCUCCACAAUCUACGAGGCAUUGGUCAGGAGAGUGAUGUAAUACGCUCUGCUUGCCUUGAUGAAUGAGUACAGUUCCAACAACGUUCAAGAAGUGUGACACCAUGCAGGAUAAAGCCGCCUGCUUGGUACCUCAUCCACUAUUCUAAACAUUCAUUGCCUCCACCAGUGAUGCAUUGUGGCUACUGUGUGUUUCAUCUACUAAAUUCACUGCAAUAGCUUGCGUACUUUGACAGUACCCCUCAAACAUGUGACCUCUACCACCAAGAGGGGUAAAGACAGCAAGUGAAUGAAACACCACCACUUACAUUUUCCCCUACUAGUCACGUGGUAUCCUGACUUGGAAAUAUUGCUGUUCCUGCUCAUUGUUGCUGGAAAUCCUUAUCCAGCAGCACAGUCAGUGUAUCUUCAUCAGAGAACAGCGGUUCAAGGUGGCAGCUAACCACCAUCUUCUGAAGAGUAGCUAUUGAUGGGCAACAAAUGCUGUCCUUUCCAGCAACAUCCACUUCCUGAAAAAUGAAUAACUAAUAAAACAUUGGUAACUUUUGCUUGCCACUUGGAGUCAUCAAGCCAUACAGCACAGAAACAGGCCUUUGGCUGACCACUUCCACACCAAUCACCGAACACCCAUCUUCAAUAAUCACACUUUUCCACUUGCACCACCAUUAACUUCCUCUCUGCCUUCUUAUUCUUCUAUCACCCACAUACACUAGGGGCAAUUUAUAGUAGCCAAUUAAAUACAGUGGCAUGCAAAAGUUGAGGCACCCUUGGUCAAAAUUUCUGUUCCUGUCAAUAGCUAAGUGAGUAAAAGAUGACCUGAUUUCCAAAAGGCAUAAAGUUAAAGAUGACACAUUUCUUUAAUAUUUUAAGCAAGAUUACUUUUUUGUUUCCAUCUUUUACAGUUUCAAAAUAACAGAAAAGGAAAAGGGCCCAAAGCAAAAGUUUGGGCACCCUGCAUGGUCAGUACUUAGUAACACCCCCUUUGGCAAGUAUCACAGCUUGUAAACGCUUUCUGUAGCCAGCUAAGAGUCUUUCAAUUCUUGUUUGGGGGAUUUUCGCCCAUUCUUCCUUGCAAAAGGCUUCUAGUUCUGUGAGAUUCUUGGGCCGUCUUGCAUGCACUGCUCUUUUGAGGUCUAUCCACAGAUUUUCGAUGAUAUUUAGGUUGGGGGACUAUGAGGGCAAUGGCAAAACCUUCAGCUUGUGCCUCUUGAGGUAGUCCAUUGUGGAUUUUGAGGUGUGUUUGGGAUUGUUAUCCUGUUGUAGAAGCCAUCCUCUUUUCAUCUUCAGCUUUUUACAGACAGUGUGAUGUUUGCUUCCAGAAUUUGCUGGUAUUUAAUUGAAUUCAUUCUUCCCUCUACCAGUGAAAUGUUCCCUGUGCCACUGGCUGCAACACAAGCCCAAAGCAUGAUCGAUCCACCCCUGUGCUCAACAGUUGGAGAGGUGUUCUUUUCAUGAAAUUCUGCACCCUUUUUUCUCCAAACAUACCUUUGCUCAUUGUGGCCAAAAAGUUCUAUUUUAAUUUCAUCAGUCCACAGGACUUGUUUCCAAAAUGCAUCAGGCUUGUUUAGAUGUUCCUUUGCAAACUUCUGAUGCUGAAUUUUGUGGUGAGGAUGCAGGAAAGGUUUUCUUCUGAUGACUCUUCCAUGAAGGUCAUAUUUGUGCAGGUGUCGCUGCACAGUAGAACAGUGCACCACUGCUCCAGAGUCUGCCUGGAGGUCUUUUGCAGUCAAAUGGGGGUUUUGAUUUGCCUUUCUAGUAAUCCUCUGAGCAGUUCUUUCGGAAAGUUUUCUUGGUCUUCCAGACCUCAACUUGACCUCCACAGUUCCCGUUAACUGCCAUUUCUAAAUUACAUUAUGAACUGAGGAAACAGCUACCUGAAAAUGCUUUGCUAUCUUCUUACAGCCUUCUCCUGCUUUGUGGGUAUCAUUUAUUUUAAUUUUCAGAGUGCUAGGCAGCUGCUGAGAGGAGCCCAUGGCUGCUGAUUGUUGGGACAAGGUUUGAGGAGUCAGGGUAUUCAUAAAGCUUUGAAAUUUGCAUCACCUGGCCUUUCCUAACGAUGACUGUGAACAAGCUAUAGCCCUAACAAGCUAAUGAAGGUCUGAGGCCUUGGUAAAAGUUACCAAAUCUCUUGGGGUGCCCAAACUUUUGCAUGGUGCUCCUUUCCUUUUUUCACUCUAAAAUUGUACAAAACAAAAAUAAUACACUAAUCUUGCUUAAAAUGUUGAAAAGAAUGUUUCAUCUUUAACUUUGACUUUUGGAGAUCAGUUCAUCUUCUACUCACUUAACUAUUCACAGUAACAGAAAUUUUGACCAGGGGUGCCCAAACUUUUGCAUGCCACUGUACCAACCAGCAUGCCUUUGGCAUAUGGGAGGAAACACAAGCAUCUGCAGGAAACCCAUGCAGACACGGGGAGAACAUGCAAACUCUACAUGGAUAGCAUCCAAGGUCAGGAGCAAACCUUUGGUCCAUGGAGCUGUGAGGCCUCAGCACUAACUGCUGUGCCAAUGUGCCACUCUAAUUAUGUUUUUAUCUAAUUACAACUCUAUGAAGCAUCUUUUCUCCCUAAAUUGGUGCAAAAUAAAUGCAAGUUGUUGCAAUUGUGAGGGUUCACAAGUGAUGUACUUUAGAAGUUUAGUUUUAAUGGAUAAUUCUUAUUUUAAUUCUGGGAUCAUUUUCUCAGACUUAUCUUGCAUAGUUGACUUAUGCUACAACUUGUAAUUGCCUUGUUUUAAAGUUUCCAAAACAACAGCAUUCUUGUUGAUUAGCGGGAGAAGAGAUUCAAUAAUUGUGGAAAAUUGAUAAGCUUAUAAGAAUGUGAACCUUACACAAUGUACUUUAUAUGUUCCAGCACUGAAUUCAAAUGCUAUUGUGGACUGAGCUCCCUUUCUUUCCCAUUGCAUUCAGUAAAAAAAAGAAUAAUUUUGAAAAUAUAUCAUAUUGUUUUCCUAGUGCAUUAUGCAUUGUAUAAUGAAUGGAGUGUGUUCUGCUAACACUAACCAUCUUGUUAGUUUGUAAUUACACCCGAGGCAAUUCCUUUUUAGAAAUGUGCAAUUCAAUAAAGUUGGGACUUUUUCAAAAAAAAGAAUAUAUAGUUCACCUUUUGAGGUUCAAUAACACUGCAGAAUUCUACAGAAUAUAAUGUCUGUGAUUUUGUUAGCAGUUUUGGAUUGCAGUAACACUAAGUACUAUAUUUUGUAAUUGAUCUUUUGUGUUUCUGUGCACUUUUGUUAACACGUACACCUGUUAUACCUUGAACAGCAGAGAAAUAGUUUCCUGUUUUUUUUAUAUAUAUAUAUCAUUAAUAGAAUUAGUUGUCUCCAAUGAUUUUGCAAAAAGCCAUUGGGUCUGGGUCUUGGAAGUAAAGAUUUGAAUUUGAGCAUGAGUAAGGACACCUCGCCACAAUUGCAUAGGGCUUGGGGGAGAACACUCAUGAAGUACUGUAUCUUUGGAGUUUUGGUCUCCAUGUCCUUCCCUAAGGUAUACUUCUCAUGGAGAAGGCAUAGUGCAGAUUCACAAAAUUGAAUCUUUGAUUGAGAGGCUUCUGAGGAGAGAUGCAUCCUUUUUUGACAGAGAUAAUCCUUCCCUCAGUCUGUUCUGUAGUGUUUCAUUUGGUUGGCCGCUGCUUCUCUGUUAUUGGCCAGCUGUAUGGGGCUGCCCUGGUUUGAAUCUACUUUUUAUCUAUCUAGUCAUGGCUUGAGAAUCAUUAGUAAUAAUUUCUUUUCCUGUGCCUGUAUUGUUAUCUUUGCUCCUUUAUUCUUGACCCCCUUCUAUUUCUCACCUAUCUGCUAUCCCUCAGCAUCAUCAUCUGAAAAUAUAGCAUGUUUUUUUCACAUGAAUGUUGAUUCAAAGUUGUCAGCUUUUUGCCUGACAUUCAGGACUGGAUAUGCAAUUGAAUAAUGGGAAGACCCAAAGCCAUUUUCUCAGUCCCCAAUACAAAUUCUUUUCCCUCACCAUUGAUUCCAUCUGUUCCCUAAGCAACCAUCUGAAUAUGAACUGGAUUAUGUGUAACUUGGUGUUUGUGAACAGAGUUUCAGAUCCCAAAACCCUAGGAUGUUGCGUUGCUUGACUGCAGCCUUGAAACAGUUCACCUGCUGCCAAAACUAUCAUCCAUGCUUAUGUUAGCUUCAUUCUGUUCUAGCUCUGUGAUUCUCAACAUGGUCUAGGCUGGUCUCCCUUGUUCCACUCUUCGCAAUAUGAUUUAUCCAAACCUCAGUUGCUAUUGUCCUAACUUCCACCAAUUCCCAGUCAUCCAUCACCACUCUUCACUGACUUACAUUGGCUCCAUUUAAGCAAUAUUUCUGUCUUCAAAACCCUCUUUGGUUUCACUGCUCCCUAUUUCUGUAAUCUUCUUCAGUUCUACAACCCUCUGAGAUAUCUGCACUCCAAUAAUUUUAAUUCUGAUGUGACUGAAUGGUUCCACUAUUGACAGUAUUGCCUUCAGCUGAUGUCCUAAGUUCUGAAAUUCCCUCUUAGAAUCUUUUUUCCCUUUUAAGAUCCUCCUUUAUAAGAAAAUUUUGAUGUCGCCUUUUGUUAUCUGUAAUAAAAUCUCAUUAUGUAUCUUAGCUUAAGAUGCAUUGUGAAGUGCCUUGGGAUAUAUUUGCUGGAAAAAAUGCACUAUACAGUAUAAAUCAAAGCUCUAUUAGUUCAAGGACUGGCAUAUCUAACUGGAGUUUUGAAGAAAUUUGAGGUAAUUUUAUUGAAAGAUAAAAAAAAAUUUUGAGAAGGAUUGGUAAGGUAGAUUCCAAGAGGUUACUUUCCCUAUUUAUGGAGAGUAGAAAAGGGGGAUAUGGUCUUGGGAUAAGAGAUUGGCUACUUAGAACUUUUAGAGAAAUCUUUGGAAUUCUUUACCUUCAAACUAUAUGUAUGCUUGAUUAUUAACUAUUUUCAAAACUGAGAUUGAUGCAUUUUUGGACACUAAGGCAAUCAAGGGUGAAGAUAGUGAAAUUAGGAUAGAGAAUCAGACAAAAUCUUAUUGAAUAGCAGAUCAAGCUCCAGGGCUGUAUUGUUUACUCCUGUUCUUAAUAGCUGUAUUAGUACAACCUAUUUACUACUAUAGUAGUGUGAUCUAUGUCUGAGGUUAGACUCAAGUUGGUGGAUCUGAGCUUUUUUCUUUAAGCAAGGUUAAUCAUUUAAUAACAUGCAAAGAGAGGAGGUGAUGACGUAAAGUGAG